AUGGGUCAUGAAUUUGUCGGAGAAAUUAUUGAUGUCGGAUUUGAUGUAAAAAAUUUCAAGAAAGGUGACAAAAUCAUUGUACCAUUUUCAACAUCAUGCGGCAACUGUUUCUAUUGUGCAAAGGCACUUACUUCGCGAUGUGAAAAAGCUCAAGUAUUUGGAACACAUUCGCUCGAUGGCGGUCAAGCCGAAUAUGUACGAAUCCCUUUUGCUGAUACUACUGGGUUCUUGGCUCCAAAGGAAAUAUCUGAUGACCUAGCAUUUCUUAUGGCUGACAUAUUUCCUACCGGCUAUUUUGCGGCAAAGAAUGCGUGGACAUUGCUUAGUGAUCAGGAGCGUCAAGAUCCAAAUCUAAUCGUAUGCGUCAUUGGUUGUGGGCCUGUUGGUUUGUGUGCUAUUACUGCGGCUUGCGAUCGUUUUCCAAUUGUGUAUGCAAUAGACAGUGUUGAAGAACGUCUCGAUGAGGCCAAGAAACAUGGUGCUAUUCCGAUCAAUCUCAAUAAUGAUCCUGUAAGUGUAAUCAAGAAUGUAACUGAAGGUCGAGGAGCUGAUGCUAUAUUAGAAGUGGUCGGGCAUGCUGAUGCUUUGCAAUUGGCUUACGAUCUCAUUCGUCCAUGGGGCGUUAUCGCCUCUGUUGGCGCACAUCAAGAUGCUUUUCCGUUUAGUGGUCCUCAAGUUUAUGACAAGAAUGUACGUUUGCAAUUUGGGCGAUGUCCAGUUCGAGCUUUGUUUCCCGAAGCACUACGACUCUUUUCAAAAAAGCAAGAUCAAUUCAAAACCUUCGUAUCUCAUCGUAUGAGUUUGUCCGAUGCAGCCAAAGCUUAUGAAUUGUUCGACAAGCGAUUAGCUCGAAAAGUUAUUUUUGAUUUACGAACAUAA